UUUCUUUUUCUUUCGUUGGAGUUGGAUUGGAAUUUGGGAACGAACAGAAAUACAAAAAUUAAAAUGCACACCCAACACGCAGGCCGGCUGAUAAUUUAACUAAAUUAUAUGACGAAUAUCAAUUUUAACCUUAAUUGAUAAGGAAUUUUAAAACAUAUUCAAAAGUUAGAACAACUGACGACUGUCGAAAGUUAUCGUGGACUAUUACUAUGAAUGAAAAAGUAACCAAACUCGCCUUGGCCAGUCGUAUAAUUCUCCUCAUUGUACAACUUAUCUCGGAUGCUCUGAUUCCUGAUCACAAUGCGGACGUUUUCAAGUCCCCCAAGUCACUUCAACAAGGGACUUCAUUUUUUGAUAAAUCUCUGGAUUUCAUGUUCUCUGGACUAAGACGCUGGGAUGCGGAAUAUUUCCUUCAUAUCGCCGAGCACGGUUACAGCUAUGAGAACUCGCUGGCUUUCUAUCCCCUCUACCCGACGAUUACGGGAAUUUUAGCGAAGAGUGUUUACCUCAUAGGAAUAGGAGUCUCGUUACGAACUCUCACCCUAGUCAUUGGAGUUGCGCUGAAUGUAUACUUUUUUUGCCGAGCAGCUAACUGCCUGUACGAGCUUACUCAGAGGAUAUUUGGAGAUCUCAACAAGUCUUGGAACGCAACUGUAAUCUUCUGCUUCAAUCCGGCUUCAAUAUUCUUUACGGCUCCCUAUUCAGAGGGACUCUUUUGUUGGCUGUCCUUCAGCUUGAUGCUUGAAUCUGUUGGGCAAGUCUCCCUAUUUACCACAUCACUGGCAUCAGCACUUGCCAUCGUCUGUCGUUCAAAUGGAUUACUUAACCUUGGCUUCCCGGUGUACUUCAUCAUCAGAAAGAUCUUACUCAAACAGACUAAAUGGCUGGUGCUCAAACUGGCAGUGAUUGUUUUUGUGUCAGUGAUUCCGCUAACGUUCUUCUGUUUCUAUGCAUUUCACCAGUUCUGCUCGAACAAUUCCACAAUCGACCAUCCGCCCGAGGUAGUUCAAUAUGCCGUUGAAAGAGACUAUGUUCUGGCUGGUGACCGCAUUCCUCCGAACUCACCUUGGUGUGAUCAAUCGUUUCCCUUUCCAUAUGCCUAUAUUCAGAAACACUAUUGGAACGUGGGAUUCCUAAAUUACUAUGAAUGGAAACAGCUACCGAACUUCAUCCUCGCAUCGCCAAUUAUCGGAUUUGUUUUCUACCAAACGUUUCUCUAUUUCUGUUCGUUAAUCAGUUUCCUUCGAACGUCCACAAUUCGGCAGACCAUAACCGAAUGGAAGUCACUCCCAUUUAUUUUACAUUGUCUAUUCUUAACGUUCUUCUGUGCAUUUUUCGCCCACGUUCAGAUCACAACGAGGCUCAUUUGUUCCUCAUCACCUGUGCUUUACUGGUUUGCUGUUAACCAUUUGCCAAAGACAUUCGAUAGAAUCGAAUGGAAAUCUGCUAAUUCAGUGGUUCUCCUCUGGUUCAGUGGGUAUUUUCUUAUUGGAACCAUUCUCUUUAGUAAUUCUCUGCCAUGGACGUAAAUUAAAUUUACAAUCAAUAUGAAGGGUUUUCUUUUUUAUCAUUUUAAAUAUUAAUUUCAAUUUUCCUGAGAUUUGAGACUGUGACUUCACAUAUUCACCCCGUGAUGUAUUCUAUUCCAUUAGAGCAACUUACAAGAAUAUAAUAGAAACAAAUUCUAAUGCAGUGCGAUUAUAUUUAUAUUUUAUAUAAAACAAAAAUUUAAAAAGUUGCUUGUUAAUUCAAUUUAUUUCAUUUUAAUUGAUUAGUUUUGUAUUUUGUUUAAACAAAAAGAAUUACCUGUACAAACUUAAUUGACUUUAUUUUUAAUGCAUAUUGUGUGGAAUAAAAAUAAAAUAUUUAAAA